GCCAAUUCAAGAAGCAAUGGAGCCAAGCAGGGCCACUCUGUCAUCUGCCACCACUAGCAGCUGGGAGGCCUUUCCUCAACAGACCUUGGAGGCUGUGGAUAUUGUUGUCCUGGUUUUGUACUUCGUAUUUGUUCUGGCCGUUGGGCUGUGGUCUAUGUGGAAGACAAAACGAAGCACCGUGAAGGGCUACUUCCUAGCUGGAGGCGAGAUGGUCUGGUGGCCAGUGGGGGCUUCCCUAUUUGCCAGUAAUGUUGGCAGUGGACAUUUCAUUGGCCUGGCUGGCUCUGGUGCAGCCUCUGGAAUUGCUGCCACAGCCUACGAGUGGAACGGCAUGUUCUGUGUUUUGGUGCUGGCAUGGCUGUUUCUUCCUAUCUACAUUGCAGCUGGGGUUACAACCAUGCCAGAGUAUUUACAGAGACGAUUUGGUGGCAAAAGGAUACAGAUCUUCCUAGCAAUUCUCUACUUGUUUAUCUAUAUAUUCACCAAAAUCUCAGUUGACAUGUAUGCUGGGGCGCUGUUUAUCCAACAGGCUUUGCACUGGGAUCUCUAUGUGGCUGUCAUUGGCCUGCUGAUCAUCACAGCGGUUUACACGGUGGCAGGUGGCCUUGCAGCGGUGAUCUACACAGACACCCUGCAGACUGUCAUCAUGCUGGCCGGCGCCCUGAGUCUCAUGGGCUUCAGCUUUGCCAAAGUUGGAGGGCUUGAAGACCUGCAGAACAGAUACUUCAAGGCAAUUGCUAGUGACCGGGAUGGCAACAGCACCUGUGGCCUGCCCAGAGAAGAUGCUUUCCACAUAUUCCGAGACCCUGUCACCUCUGACCUUCCCUGGCCAGGAGUCUUGGUUGGAAUGACCAUCCCAUCCUUGUGGUACUGGUGUACAGACCAGGUCAUUGUUCAAAGGUCUCUUGCAGCCAAGAACCUGUCCCACGCCAAAGGAGGUGCGCUGCUGGCCUCCUACUUGAAAAUCCUGCCCCUCUUUAUGAUGGUUUUGCCUGGCAUGAUCAGCCGCAUUCUCUUUCCAGAUUUAGUGGCCUGUGCUGAUCCAAAAGUCUGUAAAGUGAUCUGUGGCAACCCAUCUGGAUGUUCUGACAUUGCAUACCCCAAACUUGUCAUUGAACUUCUGCCAAUAGGACUAAGAGGGCUCAUGAUGUCCGUGAUGAUUGCUGCACUGAUGUCCUCUUUGACUUCCAUCUUCAACAGCGCAAGCACCAUUUUCACCAUGGAUCUCUGGCGGCAUUUCAGGCCUCUUUCUUCUGAAUGGGAGCUCAUGAUCGUUGGCAGGGUGUUUGUACUGCUCCUUGUAGUAAUUUCCAUUUUGUGGAUCCCACUGGUGCAGGCAAGCCAAGGUGGCCAACUCUUCAUUUACAUCCAGACCAUCAGUUCUUACCUGCAACCUCCUGUGGCUGUAGUUUUCAUUCUGGGUUGCUUCUGGAGGCGAACAAAUGAAAAGGGUGCGUUUUGUGGUCUUUUGGUUGGAAUGGUAAUGGGCCUGAUCCGUAUGGUUCUGGAUUUCAUCUACCUGCAACCACAGUGUGGUGAGCCAGACAACCGGCCAGCUGUGGUGAAAUACGUUCACUAUCUCUACUUCUCCAUGAUCCUGGGAUUGGUCACACUAGUCCUGGUGGUGGUUAUCAGCCUCUUGACGGAGCCUCCUCCUGAAGAAAUGAUCAGCCGUCUUACGUGGUUCACGCGUAAGGAUGUUCCAGUAGAGAAGGAUGCUGCAACAAGCCCUGGCAGUCCCUCACCCAUCCCUGCCAAUGCAAUCCAUGAGGCUGACCCUCCUCCUGCAGCGCAGCUCGAUAUCAGUGAGGACUCUGGAAAAGUUUGCGACAAUAAUACACGUACCUUGCAGAGCAAGAAGGCCUCUAAACUAACGAGGUUGCUGUUGUGGAUCUGUGGGAUGGAAAGCAAAGGGAAGGACUCUACUGAGGCUGCUGUGGAGAUCAAAGCAGAGGCUGCUGUGGCUUCACUGGCCGAAGCACCGCUGGUGAAACACAUCCUCAAUGUCAACUUGAUAUUGUGCAUGAGCGCCGGUGUCUUCCUCUGGGCCUACUUUGCAUAGCAUCUCACUGUGCCAAUUUAAGGGACGCUGUCAAUGCUGUUCAGCCCCACACUUGAAUUACACUAGAAAUGACUAAGAUGAAUGAUAACCCUAAAUAAUGAUUUUGCACUAUAUAUGAUAGAUUUCUUAAAUUCUAAAGAAAAGAAAGGAAUGUGAAGUACUUAAAGAAUUCAUCUGUGGUUGGAUACGGAGCAUAUUCAACAUAAUCUGAUCCCCAGCGGUUAUUAUGGGCAAAGGCUUGUGGAAGGUUUGCUUGGGAGAAAGUUCUUUUAGAACUAAACAACACACCUUUCUUUGGGUUCAUACUUCCUCGCAGUCACGUGGUCCCAAUGGCCAAUAUUGCGCUCUGCCUCACUUGUUGCUCUGCAUCUUCCAUAUCAUUAUCCUCUGAUUUUUGUGCCCGUGUGACGGGGAUACUCUAGUUCCCCACAGCACGGGGGAAAGAACUGUGUUGGCAGGGGCUGCCAUCCCCCUCACGACCGCUGCCACUGCCACCAGGGUAAUCGCAGCACAAUGUGGUGUAGUUCAGUACAGUGCGGUAUAGUGGUUACAGUGUUGGACUGGGACUCGGUAGACCCAGGUUCAAGUCCCCGCUCAGCCAUGAAGCUCCCUGGGUGACUUCGGGCCAGUCGCUGACUCUCAGCUUAACCUACAUCACAGGGUUGUUGUGCAGAUAAAAUGAAGAGAAGAAUUAUGUACCCUGCCUCAAGGUCUUUGGAGGAAAAAGUGGAAUAUACAUGUAACAAAUCAAUUAUAUCAGCUUGGUGUUCUCUGUGGUAUGUUCGCUUCAUAAAUAUCCUGUUUGUGGACAUUCAGUUUGAUAGUAAAGUGCCAAACUGGAGACAUUCUUGAACAGGUAGACCUUGGAGGCACUGCAAAUGUAAGUCAGUUUGGAAUUUAUUAGGCCAACCAAAAGGUCACAAAAAUGUGCAAGCUUUCAAGAUAUCUCUUCAUCAGACUAGUUUUUAUUUAU